UUCACAAUCAUGGCCGCGCCGGCGUCAGGGCGGGGCGGUGAAAGGCCGGGCCUGGGCGUCACAUGACAAGGCGGCAAGAUGGCGGCCUUCCCUUGGCAUGCAAGAAUUAGGAAUUAUGCAACAGAGUUUGAAUCAUGCAGACUGGAAGCUGUUUCCCUGGAAUUUGGGGACUAUCAUCCACUAAAACCUAUUACAGUUACUGAAUCCAAGACCAAGAAAAUGAGUCGGAAAGGAAGCACUUCCUCUACCUCCUCCUCGUCUUCCAGUUCAGUGAUGGAUCCACUGAGCAGCGUGCUGGAUGGAACUGAUCCCUUGUCAUUAUUUGCAGCAACAGCAGAUCCAGUGACAGCUGCAGCUAAUUUGGAUAGUACACGAAAGAAACGAGAUAAAGAGGACCAUUUGGCUGUAGGCAGUGACUUUGAACCAUGGUCAAGCAAGCGUGGUGAAAUCCUUGCUAGAUACACAACAACUGAAAAACUCUCCAUUAAUCUUUAUAUGGGGUCUGAAAAAGGCAAAGUUACAACUCCUGGCUCAGCAGUUUCUGAGAAGGUACGAACGAGGCUAGAAGAGCUGGAUGACCUUGAAGAGGGUUCACAAAAAGAGUUGUUGAAUUUAACUCAGCAGGAUUAUAUAAAUCGAAUUGAAGAACUCAACCAGUCACUAAAGGAUGCCUGGUCCUCUGACCAAAAAGUAAAAGCUCUAAAAAUAGUUAUCCAGUGUUCCAAACUUCUUUCGGACACAACAGUAAUCCAGUUUUAUCCAAGUAAAUUCGUAUUAAUUACAGAUAUACUUGAUACUUUUGGAAAACUUGUGUAUGAAAGAAUUUUAUCCAUGUGUGUGGAUAGUCGUGUCUCUUUACCAGAUAAUUUCACUCCAGAAAGUGUUAAUGAUACUGCCAAAGAAACUUGUUUAAAUUGGUUCUUCAAGAUCGCUUCCAUCAGAGAGCUCAUUCCCAGAUUCUAUGUGGAAGCAGCAAUACUGAAAUGCAACAAGUUUCUAUCAAAAACGGGAAUUUCAGAGUGUCUCCCACGGUUGACAUCUAUGAUUAGAGGAAUUGGAGAUCCACUGGUUGCUGUCUGUGCAAGAGCAUACCUGUGCAGGGUUGGAAUGGAAGUGGCUCCUCAUCUCAAAGAAAGUCUCAACAAAAAUUUUUUUGACUUCCUUCUAACAUUUAAACAAAUACAUGGAGAUACAGUUCAGAAUCAGCUGGUAGUCCAGUGUGUGGAGAUUCCAUUGUAUUUGACUCUCUAUUCUCCAGCUAUUGAUUGGAUUUUACAGUGUAUUGCAUACCGUGCUCCAGAGGGACUGCUUACUGAGAUGAUGGAAAGAUGCAAGAAACUGGGGAAUAAUGCCUUACUUCUGAAUUCAGUGAUGUCAGCAUUCAGAGCUGAGUUUAUUGCUGCAAGGUCUAUGGAUUUUAUUGCCAUGAUUAAGGAGUGUGAUGAAUCUGGAUUCCCCAAGCACCUUCUCUUCCGCUCCCUGGGGCUAAACUUGGCAUUAGCUGAUCCUCCUGAAAGUGAUCACCUUCAAAUAUUAAAUGAAGCCUGGAAAGUUAUCACAAAAUUAAAGAACCCACAGGAUUAUAUUAACUGCGCUGAAGUGUGGGUGGAGUACACCUGCAGACACUUUACAAAGCGUGAGGUCAAUACUGUUCUGGCAGAUGUUAUCAAACAUAUGACUCCGGAUCGUGCUUUUGAAGAGGCUUACCCACAGCUGCAGUCAAUUAUUCAGAAAGUCAUUACUUAUUUCCAUGACUUUUCCAUACUUUUCUCAGUGGAGAAAUUCUUACCAUUUUUGGAUAUGUUCCAGAAGGAGUGUGUGAGAGUGGAGGUUUGCAAGUGCAUUAUGGAAGCUUUUAUUAAGCAUCAGCAAGAAUCUACUAAAGAUCCAGUCAUACUCAAUGCUCUUCUACAUGUGUGCAAGACCAUGCAUGACUCUGUGAAUGCACUAACACUUGAAGAUGAGAAGAGAACGUUAGCAGCUUUGAUAAAUGGAUUUAUAAAAAUGGUUUCAUUUGGCCGUGACUUUGAACAACAGCUGAGUUUCUAUGUUGAAGCCAGAUCAAUGUUUUGCAAUUUGGAACCUGUUCUUGUCCAGUUGAUUCAUUCUGUGAACCAGCUGGCAAUGGAAACAAGAAAAGUGAUGAAAGGGAAUCAUUCCAGAAAGACUGCUGCAUUUGUCAGAGCUUGUGUUGCCUUCUGCUUCAUUACAAUUCCAUCUCUGGGUAAUAUCUUUGCAUGUCUUAAUCUGUACCUACACUCUGGACAAGUUGCCUUGGCAAAUCAGUGCCUUUCACAAGCUGAUGCUUUUUUCAAAGCUGCAGUGAGCCUUGUUCCUGAAGUGCCAAAGAUGAUCAAUAUAGACGGAAAGAUGAGGCCCUCUGAAACAUUUCUCCUGGAAUUCCUUUGUAAUUUCUUUUCCACUUUGUUAAUUGUUCCGGACCAUCCAGAACAGGGUGUGUUGUUUCUUGUUCGAGGACUACUAAAUGUGAUCCAGGAUUAUACUUGGGAGGAGAAUUGUGAUGACAAAAUCCGGAUUUAUACUAAUGUUUUGCAUCUGCUCUCCGCAAUGACUCAAGAGACUUAUAUCUACCAUGUAGACAAAGUUGAUUCCAAUGACACCCUCUAUGGUGGAGACUCCAAAUUCCUAGCUGAAAUUAAUAAGGUGUGUGAGACAGUGAUAACACAGAUCCUGGACCACCUCAAGACCCUUGGAAAGGAUGAGACCCUGAAGCGCCAGAGCCAAUUGGCACUUUAUUUCUUUAAUACCAUCCUAGCUCACGGAGAUCUACGGAACAACAAACUAAACCAGCUGUCUGUCAACCUCUGGAACCUUGCUCAGAAGCAUGGCUUUGCUGACACCAAGACCAUGGUUAAAACACUAGAAUACAUCAAGAAGCGAAGCAAACAACCUGAAAUGAGUCAUUUUGCCGAGCUGGCAAUAAGACUCCCACUGCAGUCCAGGACCUGAUGAAUGUUAUCCUUCCCAGGGAAUCAUCUGUGCAGAGGGGCACAAAGCCAAGUCCAUAAAAUGUGGUUUAUGCUGGGUUUUCAUUGGAGUUUUAACGUAUUUUUAUUUUUAAGUUUUACUUAGAAUGUAACAUUUAUUGGGACAAAGGUAAAAAGUAAAACUCCUGACAUAAGCUACAAUAAUUUGAACUCCGUUUGUUUCCAGAUGUGCCAUUAAACUCUGAUUUAAAUGCUAACAUAGACCCAGUAAAGUGAAUAUUUAAAAUUUCUGAUGGUAUAUAACUUUCCAACCCCUAAUCUGACCUGACUCUAACAACAGAGGAAGGAAAUCCACAUAUAUAAAUUCAGAAGCCCCCAACUGCUUUCCAUUUGCAAGGCAGUCCAUUCUCCUAUGUGGAAAGCAAUGUUUUCAUAUAACAGACUACUUAAAGAAAUCAGCAGUAGUUCUAGUUGAGAUGUAUAGUUCUCAGAUGCCUUAUUUUGGAUUGUUUCCAGCAUUUAUAUGUCCAUUUCCAGUAAAAUCUGGACAUGGCUGAGAUACUACUCUUCUGGAUGUGAAAAAAUCUUCUUGUAAAACAUGGUUACAGACAUGUUUAUAGCUUCAUUUUUCUUCCGUUUUAUCCAGCAAUCAAUAAGAAGUCUUUAGAGGAAUAUAUAAAUGUAUUCAGAGAAAUUCUGUGUAUUCAGUCAAAAUGAACCAUAUCAUUGAAUAAAACUGUUAACGUGCA